AUGGAUAUCAUCACCAAUCAAUCAAGGGGUCUUCAUACAGCGUGGCUCUUAUCCACCCUAGGAUCAAAAACAUCAUCAAGAAAUAAGAUUAUCAGAAAAGAUGACUUGUUAAACAUUCUGAUUCCAGAAUUGUGCAAAGAGUUGAUCAACUGCCAUCGGGAUAGUAUUGCUGGUGUCAAUAUCCGAUUCUCAUCAAAUGUAUUACAUGGUAUAUCAAUCUUGUAUGGAUCAAAAAUCACCCACGUGUUGAGUGAAGUGACCCAUGUACAAUUGAGAUUGCAAAAUGCUUAUUUUCAAUUAUCAACAAAGCGUUGUGAUCAGCUUAUGAAACAUGAUGGAGCUCGUGGUUUGAAACGAGCUGAUUUUUUAGAAAAUGAUUAUGCGUUUUAUGUUGAACAUGAUUUGAUGCAAUUGUGUGAUGUAUCGGGCUUGGAGAUCGAGGACAAUCCCGAUACGAAGCGACGUAAAUUGGAAAUUGCCGAGUUGGAUUUACGUGAAUUCACCAUUUUUGAUAACACUGGUGAAGUAACUUCAACUAGUGGUGGUGCUGGAUUGGGUCCAUUUGGUGUGGCUAUUGAUGACCACAUGGAAAUGGAUUUUAGUGAGGCCAGUCUUGCUUUACCGAACGCGCAUAGACGUCUUGUUGAUGAUGAACUUGUCAAUUUGCAAUUCAAUGAAGAUGGUGAGAUAUUGGAGAUUGGUCAGCCAGAGGUGACAACUGACCUCAGUUUACUGGUGGGUAAGGAAGUCGAGCUUUCUCGGAGACUUUUGGAGGAUGACUCUGUAGAAAGGGUAGCUUCUUAUGGAGGAUCGCAUUCUACAGAAGAAGAGAAUUUUGACGUUGCAGUUCAAGAUUUGGUUUUCCAAGCUGGAGCGAGUCCAGAAAGACAGCACCCCAAUCUCCAGGCAACAGGAAGUACAUCGUUUCGUAUCCCAAAGCGUAAAAUAGUGAUUGAUGAAAACACAAGCUUGACUAGAGAAUCAAUAAUCAACCACUAUGACAGUUACGCUACUAUAAUGAAAUACAAGUCUUCGUUUGUCCCGCAACGACGCCAAGUUCAACAAGUGUAUCAAGAGCUUAACAUGACAAAUUUUAGACCUUGGGCUAACGGAAACAAUGGCAUUCGCAAUUCCAACUCAUCUAGUAUUGAGGAAAGUAUCAAUCGAACAAUGGGUAUAUUCCAUCGGACGGAGAUUAUGGCCAAUGAAGCAUCAGAACAAGCAAGAAAUUCACAGUUGGCAAUGGAAGUUGAAAGGUCAAGAAUCUUGCAAAGUUAUGACGAUGAUGAAUUGAGUGGGAAUUUAGAAGAAAUUGGGCAUCGAAAUUCAGAUGGUGUCGAGACACAUUUUGAUGCCACUGUCUUGGAUUUGGAUUUCAAUUUUGAUGAUGAAAGUCGUCUUGAAGAGCGUGAACAAGAAGGUGAUGGAGCUCUUGUGGAAUCGAGUAGUUUCAGUUUAUCUAGCGAUGACAAAAAUUUGCAACCAAAUUUAACACCUAGAUUGAAAAAGCUUAUAAAAUAUUUCGUACAAAGGCUGGUGGAUUUGGGUAAAUCCAAUAAUUCACAGGGGAAGGAGUGUGUAUUAACUUUUACCGAGUUGGUGCCAGUGAGAGACGAGAAUGAAAUUAAUACGAAAAAGAUUGCUGCUGGUGUAUUUUCGAGUAUCUUGUUUCUUGCCAAUAAGAAUAUUGUCUCGAUUAGUGUGGAGCCACACAAGCGUACAGAGAUUAAUUUGGUCAGAUCGGAUGAUAUCAAGUUGACUUUGCACGCGCAAAUUGCUCCCUAG